AACGGAUGAAAUGGAAAUCUGUUCCAACCACAGGCACCAUCAGGGGAGACAACGAACCAGAAAAAGGACGAGAACUGCAAGGUCUUUUAUUUUAGAGAGAAAUCUUAACGCCUAAGAAAAAGGGGGAAAAGGAAAGGGAAUCUGAAUUAAUCAUCGGUUUCAUUUCCAUAUAACCUCGGAAGCAUCUGUCAGAACAUGUUAAGAGAGAGAGACGCGUUUGGGAAAGGACCUGUUUGUCGAAACUACUUCCUGAAAUAGUGCUGAGCUAGGUUUUUAGGGCUAUUUCCCAAAUGACACCCUACUCCUACUACUAGCCCUAUGGGCCCUCUUCAAAAUUAGUGCAAUACAUGACUGGAAGACAGGGUUCACCCUAGCUGCCUGUGAAACGAGGAGCUUGUCAGGCAGUUGGCUUUGUAGCCAAAUAUCUAGGCUAUGUAUGAACAUGACUUUGAGUGGUAUAGCUCUGUGUGUGAGUAUUCUGUGUGUAAGAUUCUUCAUGUCAACUCUUUUAUGAGGCAGUUGCUACAUCCAUUUUUGGACUUAUACAUUUAUGAUAUGUACCCAUUGAUUCUUGAAAACUAUAACUUAUGAAUGCCUCGUACCCCUUCAGAACCCAAAAUAUAAGCUUGUUUUACACCAAUGUUUGUAAACAAAGUAAAUGUAAACAAACACUGUAUAGCCUCAAAACAUGGUUGUGAUGUCAUGGAUGGUCAGUCUUUUCAUCCAUAGCCCUGUCUAUGAAUUUGAGAGUGGUUACAUUCCUCCAGCCCAAUCCCUUAGCUGUUUACCAAUAAAAGUGGCCGGGAGUUCGCUUUAUUGUUUCAACUGAUGAUUGGCACAUCAAAUAUAUCCCUGAAAGACUAGUAUCCUUACCUAGAGUACACACUGAAACCUAUUCAUAUGAGGAAUGGGUCACAAAAGCUCUGACGAAGGCCAAUAUGUUGAUACGUAAGCUUGACUAAACAAAGUAAUACUGGCAAGAGCUAACUCAGAUGUGAAAGUUGGCCUGCUUUUCCUAUUAUGAGGAAUGAGUCUGAAAUCUGAAGGAUGGCACAAACCAUAGGGGGAGCUGUUGCCAGACUGGUACUCAGGCCUCCUCUGGUUCCAUGGCAUAAAGUUGUUUUAGUCUAUUUGGUCCUUUCCUCCCGGUUGCAAUUGGCAGCAAAUUUUCUUCUUACAUUGCAAGACAUUCGAGUGAGCUUUGAUAUCAAAGUCGUAAGACGAGAGGAAUUUUCCGUCAAAUGUUGGGUAUUUAUUGAAUUCGCAACUGGGACAAUACCCCCAAAAAACAUGCGUGGUUCCAACACAUAAAGCUGUGCCGCUCUACAGUACGUGUCUGCUGAAGAUAAAGUCAGCCUCCCGGCCUCCCGGCCUCCCUCCCAGAUACAGUACUCUGUAAAUAGACCAUGGUCUCUCUGCCAGCGAACUGCAGCAGUGUCCUGCCAAAAAACCCUGAAACAGUUGAAGCAUUAAAAACAUUCCGCACUAAACAGGGCUCAUGAUCUCUCUGUUCUCUCUGUUCCGUUCAACAAAGCACAUUCCCUGGGGAAGGUUUGAAAUUUUUCCCCUGACUUGGGCCCAGUAUUGGAGUGGGGAGGCUGAGGUUGCCAGUGGUAUGGAGUUUGGGGAGGGAGAUCUGUGUGUGUACAGUAGUACAAUACCACGACUGCUACAAAUACUGGCAUUUUAAUGCAACGCUGUUGAACUUCUCCCCACACUAUAAUAAAUUGGAGUGUCCCCAAACACAAUGGCAUUGAAACUGGAUCGUAGGCUAUUAUGCCUACGCUAAAAUGAUAUACUGUAUGCUCUUCCCUAACCAAAACUAUUGGCCUAUGUUUCUUAUUAUGUAUUCAGGCGAUACAGACGUGUUGCCGUGAUAGUUAGCAUUUCUCUCAUCUUGUGCUAUUUAAGGUGGCAUUUGGGACGUAGCCUCUGUGCAGUUGGGCUCUUCAGCAUACCAUGAAUAAAGGCCCAUCAAUAAUGGCCUUGUUUGUACAUGCCCAUAAUGUGUGUGUGUGUGUUCCCUGUCCUAUACUGAAUAUAUGCAUGAGGAGUCGAGGACACAUUCAUCGUGUCUACUUAUGCAUACAACUCAAAGGCAUUUUUAGUAAACACUACUCUUAACUUGGGUAAAACAUCUCUGCAAAUCUCAUCAUUUCUACGUUUCUGUUUAAAUAAGGAAUCAAAUCUGUGAUACUUUUCAGGUAAAAAUAUGGAUUGUUGCAAUUCAAAAGCAACUGUAUAUAGAAUUAGACAUCAGGGGUAUGUAUCAAGCGUCUCGGAGUAGGAGUGAUGAUCUAGGAUCAGGCCCACCCUGUCCAUGCAAUGUUAUUCAUUGUGAUCUAAAAGGCAAAACUGAUCCUUAAUCAGCCAUCCUACUUUCAGACGCAUGAUACAUAUGGUCCCCGAAUCCGUUUCACAUGGUGACUAUUAGUGUAAAGAUACCACUUAAUCAAAGCAAGAAAUCAAAGGGAAUGUAUGACCUCCAUACAGUAUAUUUGCUAUUGGGAUGGCCAUGGGGUGUAAUGACCCCAUCCCAUGUGCGCCACUAACCAUAGAAGCUUUGGGCUUAAUCACAACAUAGCAGUACUAUAAGCAUACUGUUAUGUAGAUGGAGAGAUACUGUAGAUUCAUUAGCAUCUGUAGACCUUUCCUGCAGUCAAAAUACCAAAUCGCCCUCUAGUGGCCUCAUGGGUGGAAUGUUAUUAAUAUUUUUCAGAAUUUCUAAAUCCAGUGUUUCUAUGUCAAACAGCUUUGUUAUAUUUCAGUCUUCUGUGAUAUACAGUGAGGGAAAAAAGUAUUUGAUCCCCUGCUGAUUUUGUACGUUUGCCCACUGACAAAGACAUGAUCAGUCUAUAAUUUUAAUGGUAGGUUUAUUUGAACAGUGAGAGACAGAAUAACGCAUGUCAAAAAUGUUAUAAAUUGAUUUGCAUUUUAAUGAGGGAAAUAAGUAUUUGACCCCUCUGCAAAACAUGACUUAGUACUUGGUGGCAAAACCCUUGUUGGCAAUCACAGAGGUCAGACGUUUCUUGUAGUUGGCCACCAGGUUUGCACACAUCUCAGGAGGGAUUUUGUCCCACUCCUCUUUGCAGAUCUUCUCCAAGUCAUUAAGGUUUCAAGGCUGACGUUUGGCAACUCGAACCUUCAGCUCCCUCCACAGAUUUUCUAUGGGAUUAAGGUCUGGAGACUGGCUAGGCCACUCCAGGACCUUAAUGUGCUUCUUCUUGAGCCACUCCUUUGUUGCCUUGGCCGUGUGUUUUGGGUCAUUGUCAUGCUGGAAUACCCAUCCACGACCCAUUUUCAAUGCCCUGGCUGAGGGAAGGAGGUUCUCACCCAAGAUUUGACGGUACAUGGCGCCGUCCAUCGUCCCUUUGAUGCGAUGAAGUUGUCCUGUGCCCUUAGCAGAAAAACAAAGCAUAAUGUUUCCACCUCCAUGUUUGACGGUGGGGAUGGUGUUAUUGGGGUCAUAGGCAGCAUUCCUCCUCCUCCAAACACAGCGAGUUGAGUUGAUGUCAAAGAGCUCGAUUUUGGUCUCAUCUGACCACAACACUUUCACCCAGUUCUCCUCUGAAUCAUUCAGAUGUUCAUUGGCGAACUUCAGAUAGGCCUGUAUAUGUGCUUUCUUGAGCAGGGGGACCUUGUGGGCGCUGCAGGAUUUCAGUCCUUCACGGCGUAGUGUGUUACCAAUUGUUUUCUUGGUCACUAUGGUCCCAGCUGCCUUGAGAUCAUUGACAAGAUCCUCCCGUGUAGUUCUGGGCUGAUUCCUCACCGUUCUCAUGAUCAUUGCAACUCCACGAGGUGAGAUCUUGCAUGGAGCCCCAGGCCGAGGGAGAUUGACUGUUAUUUUGUGUUUCUUCCAUUUGCGAAUAAUCGCACCAACUGUUGUCACCUUCUCACCAAGCUGCUUGGCGAUGGUCUUGUAGCCCAUUCCAGCCUUGUGUAGGUCUACAAUCUUGUCCCUGACAUCCUUGGAGAGCUCUUUAGUUUUGGCCAUGGUGGAGAGUUUGGAAUCUGAUUGAUUGAUUGCUUUUAUGGACAGGUGUUUUUUAUACAGGUAACAAACAGAGAUUAGGAGCACUCCCUUUAAGAGUGUGCUCCUAAUCUCAGCUCGUUACCUGUAUAAAAGACACCUGGGAGUCAGAAAUCUUUCUGAUUGAGAGGGGGUCAAAUACUUAUUUCCCUCAUUAAAAUGCAAAUCAAUUUAUUACAUUUUUGACAUGCGUUUUUCUGGAUUUUUUUGUUGUUAUUCUGUCUCUCACUGUUCAAAUAAACCUACCAUUAGAAUUAUAGACUGAUAUUUUCUUUGUCAGUGGGCAAACGUACAAAAUCAGCAGGGGAUCAAAUACUUUUUCCCCUCACUGUAAAGUGUAAUAUUGGGAUGCAAACCCAAAAUGGAAUAAAUUUCACCUCUAUAUCUGACAUGGUACAGGUGUCUUAUUUUUUAAAGACCAUAACCAUGUGUGUGAGGUGUAUACUUUGUUUGAAAGUAGAUUAAUUUAAGUCUACCAAGAAACCCUCUUUGUGACACUGAUUUAGCCCACUGCAGUAAAAUCAUUAACCUCUACAGGAUCGGUGUCUCAUAUACGGGACGGUUGAGCUAACGUGCGCUAAUGUGAUUAGCAUGACUGUUGUAAGUAACAGCAAACUUUCCAGGACAUAGACAUGUCUUAUAUGGGCAGAAAGCUUACAUUCUUGUUAACCUAACUGCACUGUUCAAUUUACAGUAGCUAUUACAGUGGAAAAAUACCUUGCUAUUGUUUGAGGAGAGUGCACAACAACAAAAAACGUAUCACGGCAACUGGUUUGAUACAUUCACCUCUGAAGGUAAAUAUUUUACUUACAUUCAGUAUUCUUGCUCUGAUUUGUCAUCCUAAGGGUCCCAGAGAUAAAAUGUAGCAUAGUUUUGUUUAAUAAAAUCCAUUUUUAUAUUCAAAUGUAGGAAAUGGGUUCUACAGUUUGAACCCCUGAUGUCUCUGGCUCCACACCCACCCCGCCCGGCCAUCUAGAUGUGUGGAAGUUAGUGUAUAAGCUAAUGAGCCAUCAUGUAUGACAUUACUGGGAGUGUGUAAACUUACAUUUUGUAUUACCAUAUCAUUUUUGUAUGUUCUCUAUAGUUAUGUACUUAUGUAUCAAUUGACCAAUUCGGCACAUUUGGGCAGACUUGCUACAAAAUAGUCCAGUAUUGCAAUGCUUCACCGGAUCAAUCUGAAACUUUGCACACACACUGCUGCCAUCUAGUGGCCAGAUUCUAAAUUACGCCUAAACUGCAAUAUUAUAUUGUGGCCUUUCUCUUGCAUUUCAAAGAUGAAAAAAUAUAUAUAUAUAUUCAAAAGGGAACUAGCAGGACAGCGGUAAUCCUCCAACCUGGAUUUCUAGAAAACCUGGGAAUUUGGUGAAAGUUACUGGACAUUUCCAACCCUAACUGGGCAUCCAUCAAUGGCCCUUCCUUCUUGGAAACCAUAGAGAAUUUGGGUCAGGGGGAAUGUAAUGUUAGAGAAAUCAGCAACUAAGUGACUUACAACAUACUGUUUCUCCUGAAAAUAAGUAGUCUCAGCAGCAAAUUGCAAAUUUCGUAUCAGUUUAGGGCAAGUACAGUAGAGUUUUGUAAUGCUAAUGACUUGGCUGGGUAAUGAGUUUUUCUGCCUUCACAAUGACACCAUCAAAGCGGUUAGGGAGGGUAAAUAAGGAUAUUUCUGUGUUACUGUGUAUGGUAGAGAGGAAGCCCUCGGUGUGCACCAGUGUAUUGUGGCUUCGCUCAGAACACUAAGAGACUCUCUGAGAGGUUUCCAAUUAAAAUAUUUAAAUAAACAUACUGUGCUGUUACCUUGGGGAGUCCCUGCCACAGUUUUACGCUCUCUGCUGUUGUAAUGAAGAAUAAUGAUGUACUUUUGUGAUGUUAUUAGCACAAUGUAAAAAAUAAAAAAAAGCAUCUCAAUAUGCUUUCACCAAAGAGAGGAGGAGCAGUUGACAACACGUUGUGAUCUAUUUUGCUGUGCUUUAGUACCCACCAUCCGCUGAGACUAGGCUUACUGGCUUCGGGAGGCCGAAAAAUAGAUGCCACAAUUUAGCUCUCAUGCAUUUUCUAGUAACGGUCUCGUUUCUAUUUUGAUAGCUUGGUGUGAAAUUAUGAAUUGUGUUAACACAAUGGUGUUAGCUUUUUUGUUAGUAUUUUAAUUAGUUAAAGACUUCUCUCCCUCUUUCUCUUUCUCUUUUCUCUCUCUCUCUCUUAGUGCUGUUCGGGCAGUUUGUCUUGUUCCAGACAUCACUCAAUGACGUUGUGGACAUUUAUGAUGGGCCUACGCAGCAGUCUCCACUCCUGUCUUCUCUCUCUGGCUCCCACUCAGGUAAUACAAAGAGCAAGCAACACAACACAACGACAGACACGUCAGCAACAGCGGCACUGAACUUUGUUCUGGAGAUUUUCCUUUUGUCACUGUGCCGCUGCUUGCUGUUUGGGGGUCUAGGCUGGGUUAUUGUAAAAGCACUUAGGAAAAAAGGGUUUAUAGCUGUCACGUCUACACCCACUCCCCCUCUCCGACGCUCGAGGUCGCCAGUUGACUGUUCAUUACGCACACCUGGCAUCCAUCAUUACGCGCACCAGCACGUCAUCAUGAGGCACACCUGGACUCCAUUACCUCACUUAUUACCUCCCAUAUAUGUCACUCACUUUGGUUCCUUCCCUAGGGGUUAUUGAUUAUGUUCCUGUGUUUCAUGUCUGUAUGCUACUCGUGUUUCUUGUUUUGUUCCAUGUUUCAUGUUAUUAUUAAAUUCACUCCCUGUACUUGCUUCCCGACUCCCAGCGUACAUGUUACAGAACAACGCCUCACCAAAGGGAAGCAUCAGGGAGUUUAGUUUUUUUGUUGGUGACGUCGGGUCCGAAAUCCACAGCCGAAGCAACCUCCCAUGCCUCAGCUGGCUCUACAGGUUCCCGCACCUCAGCAGAGGCGACCGGCCCCCCGGGUCUCAGGAGAAGCGACUGUUCCGCCCCUGGUCCUCGGGACCGUCCCUCUGGUUGGCGUCGUCCUGCGGCUCCUCAGCUGGCUCGUCAGGCUCCCGUGCCUCAGCUGGCUCGACAGGCUCCAGUGCCUCGGCUGGCUCAACAGGCUUCCGUGCCUCGGCUGGCUCAACAGGCUUCCGUGCCUCUGCUGGCUCGACAGGUUCCUACGCCUCGGCUGGCUCAACAAGUUCCCACGCCUCGGCGGGCUCGACAGGUUCCCGCGCCUCAGCAUAAGUAACCAGUCCUCGGGACCGUCCCUCUGGUUGGCGUCGUCCUGCGGCUCCUCAGCUGGCUCGUCAGGCUCCCGUGCCUCAGCUGGCUCGACAGGCUCCAGUGCCUCGGCUGGCUCAACAGGCUUCCGUGCCUCGGCUGGCUCAACAGGCUUCCGUGCCUCGGCUGGCUCGACAGGUUCCUACGCCUCGGCUGGCUCAACAAGUUCCCGCGCCUCGGCGGGCUCGACAGGUUCCCGCGCCUCAGCAUAAGCAACCAGUCCUCGGAACCGUCCCUCUGGUCGGCGUCGGCCUGCGGCUUGAGCCGCGCGUCAGGGAGGGAGUACUGUCACGUCUACACCCACUCCCCCUCUCCUGCGCUCGAGGUUGCCAGUUGACUGUUCGUUACACCUACCCCGCGCCAUCAUAAUGCACACCUGCACGUCAUCAUGAGGCACACCUGGACUCCAUUAUCUCACUUAUUACCUCCUAUAUAUGUCACUCCCUUUGGUUCCUUCCUUAGGCAUUAUUGAUUCUGUUUCUGUGUUUCAUGUCUGUACGCUACUCGUGUUUCUUGUUUUGUUCCAUCUUUCAUUUAUUAUUAAAUUCACUCCCUGUACUUGCUUCCCGACGUUACAAUAGCCACAUCCGAAGUGCCAUGCAUUAGUCACAUAUUUAACCCGUUUAUUCAGUAUCACUUUAGUCUCCAGCACCACUCUGUAUCAAAAUCCCAGUAUACCAUAUUCAUGUUCCACAUUACAUUUUACGUGUUAGUCAUUUAGCAGACACUUUUAUCCAGAAUGACUUACAAUUAGUGCAUUAAUCUUAAAAUAGCUAGGUGAGACAACAACACAUCACAAUUGUAUUAUGUACAUUUUCCCUCAACAAAGUAUUUAUCAGCAAAGCAUCUGUUCUCAGUCACGCUGAGCUAUUGAGUGGUGCGUGUGUGCGUGUGUACAUUGGUGUGUGCAUGUGUGUGCGUGCUUGCUUGUGUGUGUGUGCGCAUGUGUGUAUAUGACGGAGGGAAAAUGAAAUGGUCCCGGUCUGUACCAUUUAAUCAGCAACACUUUAUGAGAUGCUCUUGAUAAAGAGGUAAGUGCUGAUACAAGGCUGUACAUUUCCCCCGUGGCUAUCGAGGACAAGACCACCAAAGUGCCAGGGAGAGUGUGAAGAAGAAGAAGAGGAAGAAGAAGAGCUGGAAUGAAAGGGGUCCGUUGGCAAUCAAUAAGGCCUUCUAUCAAAGCAUGAAGCCCUUGUUGCCUCCUAAUGUCCUGUUCAAAUAUAACAUUGAACUAACAGCUGAUUAGUUCAGCACGACAGGCAUCAGAGUUAAACAAAGCCAGAUCAGAGAUCAAAACGAUUGAUUAAUCCAAUGGACUCUGAUACAUUGAUCUUUAACUGGGCCAGAUCAUCAGUUGUUGGACAGCCAACCUACACAUCAAUCAGAAGAAUAACCUUCAUUUUAUCCUGUGAAAUGUUUUUGUGCGGUGGAAUAUAAGUUGUGUUUGAUUGAUCAUUGAAAUCCGUCGUUUGUUUUUCUUUCUUCAGGAGAGUCUCUACCCUUGAGCACGGGCAACCAGAUAACCAUAAAGUUCACCACGGUCGGCCCGGAGACGGCAAAGGGCUUUCACUUUGUCUACCAAGGUUGGUCUUCCAUAGAUAUUUCAUAGAUUAUACUUAAUUAUUCAUAAGUACAGUAUCCAUAUUAGGACAUCCUUAUGACUCUAAGGCUGUACUAAUUUUGGCACCGUACAUACAAAUGUAAGCCCUUUCUGUCUACCAAUAUUGGUUAUUUUAGCUCUGUCAUGACAUUAUUCAAAUGAAGCAGCAAGUCACUUUCAUCCAUUUACAUUUUAGUCAUUUAGCAGACGCUCUUAUCCAGAGCGACUUACAGUUAGUGAAUACAUAUAUAUUUUUUUAUACUGGCCCCCCGUGGGAAUCAAACCCACAACCCUGGCGUUGCAAACGCCAUGCUCUAUCAACAGAGCUACAUCCCUGCCGGCCAUUCCCUCCCCUACCCUGGACGAAUUGUGCGCCGCCCAUGAGUCUCCCGGUCGCGGCCGGCUGCGACAGAGCCUGGAUUCGAACCAGGAUCUCUAGUGGCACAGUUAGCACUGCGAUGCAGUGCCUUAGACCACUGCGCCACUCAGGAGUACUUAUCCUUUGAAUACAGUACCUCCAACCCCAGUCAAGCCAGAGGCAUGGAUUGAGUUUAGCUGUGCAUGUAAGGAUUGCCUACACUCCACUGUCACUAUGUGUUCGAAAUGACUGUAUAAACAUUAGGAUCCUUUGAAUACAGUACCUCCACUUGUAAUAAAAUAUUGAAAUGUGUGACUGACAGGGAGUGAAUUAAAUUGAGCUUUAUUGAUAUUGUUUUACAGAGUGCCCUCAAGAGUAAUGCGUGUCUGUAAAUUAAACAUAUUUUUAUAUAGGGAAUUUAGAACAUCACACACAGUACAUACAGUCAUCAGUAGUUUGCCGAAGCCAGAGGGGUACAUUUAAAUGUUUCUGUCAGCUAGCUAUCUGUUGAUGACGUUGCCUGGCCCCAAAACCUGUCUAUUCAGCACUAUCACAGGCACAGAGAUGUCCUGCUCAUCAAGAUGCUUCACAUAUCCCCCAAAAAGCUUAGAAUGAUCAAGUUUCUUAUACCUUUCGCAAAUUGUACACAUUCCACAUUUCCCCUCCUUUGAAAUCUCCUCAGAGUAAUGCUGCAUGCCAAAUGGCACCCUAUUCCCUACAUAGUGCACUACUUUUGACCAAAGCGCUAUGGGCCUUGGUCAAAAGUAGUGCACUAUAUAGGGAAUAGGGUCCCAUUUGGGACACAGUUUAACAUCCAGCAGCAGCAUCCUCCAGUGUAGAAGUCUCAUUCCCCCCUGACACAUGCUUAGCAUAAUUCCUGGAUGGAUUCCAACAACACACUUUAGGAGCUGCCUCCCUCCCUGCCUCCCUCCCUCCCUCCCUCCCUCCCUCCCUCCCUCCCUCCCUCCCUCCCUUCCUGCCUUCCUUCCGUCCUUCCUUCCUUCAUUCCUUCCUUCCUUCCUUCCUUCCUUCCUUCUUUCCUUCCUCCCUCAUUUUUGGACUCAUUAAUUUGUUCUUGCAAGGAAGAUCUAGGCCUGCUAACUUAAAUCCCACUCAAUAACUCAGUUAUUGCUCUUGUCAAUUUUCUGUUUAAAUAGAACACCACCAGAAGUUAUUGUUUAUGUGAUAACCCUGCCUUCAGUAUUCAAGUGUGUAAUAGUUUUUCUGAGUGCUCAGGGGCGGUUGUUGAAGGUAACAGACACACGCUCUCCUCCUCUCUUACAGAGCCUAAGAACACCAUUGUGCUGGUCUGUCUCAGACGUGGUUUUGCAUUGAGGUUAUAUCUUAUUUCAGAAUCCAUUAUCAAAUGUCACGUUAGCUAGCUAGCUAGCUAGCUGAAAGUCUGUCGUGAGAGAUUGGGUAUGUCUAAUUUUUCUCCCCCUGCUGCUUCUUCUUCUUCCAUUGCUUUACUGACACCUCCUAUCCUAUCCACAGCUGUCCCAAGGACCAGUGCCACCCAGUGCAGUUCAGUCCCUGAGCCUCGCUUCGGCAAACGGAUCGGGAACGACUUCGCCAUGGGUGCCUCUGUCCUGUUCGAGUGUAACCCUGGAUACGUCCUGCACGGUUCCACCACCAUCCGCUGUGAGACCGUCCCUGACACCCUAGCCCAAUGGAACGACUCCCUGCCCACUUGUGUUGGUCAGUAUGACUGGCUCCCGAGCCAAUUCCCAGCUACAGUGAUUGGUUACCUUGUGUCAGAAACACCCCUGAUUGUUCUACCGCUCUCCCAAGCUUUGUCAACAUGCCAGUCGCCAUGGGCCGCCUCUUAAGUGAGGCAAAGUCAUUAACGUGGGAGCGUGAGUGUGCACACGAAAGCAGACUGUGGUUUUGGCUGUGAGGGUCCCUCAGAAGGCCUUCCUUCCCACUCUGAACAGAAUGUUUCCUCUUGGCUGUGCAUUCAGCCAGGUCUAAAGAGCGUGGUGGGGAGAGGAGAGAGGAUAGAGAGAGAGGGUAGAGCGAGAGGAGAAGAGUGUGAGAGAGUGUGUGAGAGAGAGAGUGUCUCUGAUGAGAGUAUAGAGUUAAAGUGAGAGAUGACACUCCCACUCUCUUUCCCGACGAAUGCUCUGGCCAGUUUCUUAGACAUUUUGUCUGUCAGUAGAACUGCAAUCUAUUAUUGUAAAAACAGUAUUUUAUUUUUAUUUAUUUUUACAACAGAAAACAUGCAUAGACAGAAUACAAUAGACAGACGCACACAAAUACCAACAAACAUCAAUGACAUCACACCUGCUCAAACUCAUAUGUUCCUACCACAUCCAUACCCAUUCCGUUUGUCUCACUCCAACAUUCCCUCUCGUUCUUCAUACCUUGGGCGUUUCCAGUACUUGUAAUGGGCUAUUCUAUUUCUGUCUGUAGCCCACAUUUUUUAAAUAUUUAAAUAAUAAUGCAUUUGAUUCGUAAGAUGGAGAAUCAUUUGAUUUACAGUUCUUAAGUAAACGUUUUUUUCAAGAUUAUUGACAAGAUAAGUAUGGUCCAACCCAUUGGGUAUCUCACCACACCCUCAUAUGCCAUGUCUUAAAAUAUGCAGACAGACGGAUUAAAAGUAAUUUUCAAUUGUAAAACUUCUGACAGCCAACUUUCUAUCUCCGCCCAUAACUUUUUGACUUUAUAGCACUCCCAGAAGGCAUGAAUUAUUGAGUCAUUGUUAGUUUUACACUUCAGACAUGACUCUGCCGUUGUGCUGUAGAAUUUGUGAAUUUGGUCUCAUGUAUAAUAAAUUCUACACAGUAGUUUAUAUUGGAUUAAGCGUAAAUGUUUGUUAACUGUAAUUUUCGUUAGUUAUGUUCCAACACUCCCUCCAUCUUGUGCCAAUAUCAGUUAUUUUUAAAUGUUGGUUCCAAUAGCUCAUAUUUAUUUCCAAGACAUUGUCAAUUGGAUUACAUUUUAAUAAUCUUUCAAAGACUCCCUUUUUUCUCUUCAAGUAAGCUUUGCCUUUUUUUCUGCAUCCUCUUGUUCGCAGAUCACACACCAAUAGUCAAUGUUCUGUUUUUGAGCCAGAUCGACAUUCAUAUCACACUACUUUUAAGACAGGGAUUUUUUCGAGGCUUUUCUUGUGUCCUUGUUAGGGUAGGCAGAGUGCGUGCCUGUCUGAUGGGAGAGUAAUAGAUUACAUUUUGAUCUGUGUUAGCUCCCUGUUCCUCCCUGUUUUGUUAGUUACAGCCUUAUUCUAAAAUGGAUACAAGAAACAAUUUUCCUCAUCAAUCUACACACAAUAACCCAGAAUGACGAAGAGAAAACAGGUUUUUAGAAAUUUUGGCAAAUGUAUUAAAAAUGAAAAACAGAAUUACCUUAUUUACAUAAGUAUUCAGACCCCUUGCUAUGACACUCGAAAUUGAGCUCAGGUGCAUCCUGUUUCCAUUGAUCAUCCUUGCCAUGUUUCUACAACUUGAUUGGAGUCCGCCUGUGGUAAAUUUAGUUGAUUGGACAUGAUUUGGAAGGCACACACCUGUCUAUAUAAGGUCCCACAGUUGACAGUGCAUGUCAGAAAAAAAACCAAGCUAUGAGGUCAAAGGAAUUGUCCGUAGUGCUCUGAGACAGGAUUGUGUCGAGGCACAGAUCUGAGAAAGGGUACCAAAAAAUGUCUGCAGCAUUGAAGGUCCCCAAGAACACAGUGGACUCCAUCAUUCUUAAAUGGAAGAAGUUUGGAACCACCAAGACUCUUCAUAGAGCUGGCCGCCCGGCCAAACUGAGCAAUCAGGGGGAGAAGGGCCUUGGUAUGAAAAUGUAUGCACUCACUAACUGUAAGUCGCUCUGGAUAAGAGCGUCUGCUAAAUUACUAAAAUGUAAAAUGUAAAUGUCACGGAUGGGACCAAGAGCCAGAUGGUCACUCUGACAGAGCUCCAGAGUUCCUCUGUGGAGAUAGGAGAACCUUCCAGAAGGACAACCAUCUCUGCAGCACUCCACCAAUCAGGCCUUUAUGGUAGAGUGGCCAGCCGGAAGCCACUCCAAAGUAAAAGGCACAUGACAGCCCACUUGGAGUUUGCCAAAAGGCACCUAAAGGACACUCAGACCAUGAAAAGAACAAGAUUCUCUGGUCUGAUGAAGCCAAGGUUGAACUCUUUGGCCUAAAAACCUGUUUUUGCUUUGUCAUUAUGGGGCAUUGUGUGUAGAUUGAAGAGGAAAAAUAACAAUUUAAUCCAUUUUAGAAUAAGGCUUUAACGUAACAAAAUGUGGAAAAAGUCAAGAGGUCUGAAUAAUUUCCGAAUGCACUGUAAAGGGCUUCUAUCUAGCUGUCUUUGAAUGAAGGGCCUCUAUCUAGUUAUGUGGAGGUGAAGGGCCUCUAUCUAGUUAUGUGGAGGUGAAGGGCCUCUAUCUAGUUAUGUGGAGGUGAAGGGCCUAUGUCUAGUUAUGUGGAGGUGAAGGACCUCUAUCUAGUUAUGUGGAGGUGAAGGGCCUCUAUCUAGUUAUGUGGAGGUGAAGGGCCUCUAUCUAGUUAUGUGGAGGUGAAGGGCCUCCAUCAAUGCAUUAGGGAGCGCAAAAUUGACAGGGCUAUUUGCAAAGGAAUUUCUCUCGCCAUGCUGCCUUUUUGGCCUGCUGUAGAACUAGUCUUUUCGGGUUUUUGGUUUUUCAGUUUUUCGCUCGUGUUUUCCAGUGGGAAGGAUACGGUCCAUAGGAUUUUCUCCGUGAUUACCUGAGCACUAUGGCUGCAUUUUAUAUAUCAUCUGUAAAAUAUGGAUGAGUUGAAAUUGCUCUGAAGUGAAUUUGUUGAAUAAUUUAUGCGCCUGACACAGAUAUAUUAGACUUUGCUCUCUCUCUCUCUCUCUCUCUCUCUCUCUCUCUCUCGCUCGUUGCCCUCUUUUGCCCCCUUUCUCUCUCUCUCUCUCUCUCUCUCUCUCUCUCUCUCUCUCUCUCUCUCUCUCUCUCUCUCUCUCUCUCUCUCUCUCUCUCUCUCUCUCUCUCUCUAUCUCUCUCUAUCUCUCUCUAUGUCUCUUUCUCUUUCUCCAUCUCUCCCUACCUUCUCACUCUUUCUCUCCCUCUCUCGCUGUCUCUCGGAUCCAUCAGACAUUUCUGCUGCCAUAUUAGACAGCCAUUAGUGUGUCCCUACCUGCUCUUAGUUGUUUAAACAAAGUGAUUGGCGUUGACCUCUAGUAUAUACUGUUAUCCUUCACAGAUAGCAUCACCAUCGUAUCUGAGCAUCUGAGCAGGGAAGAAAAAACCACUGUUCUGGCAGCAUAGAUACCAGCUUGUGCUAUUGACAGCUCUCUGCUCUCCCACCUCUCUCCCUCCUUACGCGGUUUUGAAGACAAUACUUGGCAGCCCUUCAACAAACAGGGGGAAAUUGCUUAACCUGGCCUCUCUCUCUCAGAGGAAAACGGAUAGAAUGUCAUGCCUUUCACCACUGAGGCAGACGUUUAUACGCUUCAUUGUCCCUUUUUAAAUAAAGUUUUAUUGAAUCACAGACACAUGGUGGGAUGGGAUGUGUGUAUAGAUAUGAGGCUGAUAAGAAUGAAUAGGUAUGCCUCUAUGACAAUAGGCGUCGAAACUUGAACUGUGCCGAUUGCUUAACGUGAGGUAUUACAUUAUUUUAGCUCUCUUUACUCUGUCUACAAUCACUAUCUGUCACUGCAAAUAAUGUCUUUAUCGAAGAUUUGAUUAACCGUCCCUUGUCCAACAUGCGUUCACUCUGUGUUAGUCAAAUGAUCUUUGAUUGGGUGAGGCGUCACUUAAGCUUCACUAUAAGUCAGGAGGCGGCCAUAUUCUUAUCGUCAUACUACGACCAAAAACUUCAGUGUGACUGUAACACCUGUCCUUCGGUUUACUGUAUCUUGCCCAGCUGUCCUUCAGUUUACUGUAUCUAGCACAGCUGUCCUUCAGUUUACUGUGGUUGUGUCACAAAUGGCACCAUAUUCUCUAUGGGCCCUGGUCAAAAGUAGUGCAUUGUGUAGGGGAUAGGGUGUCAUUUGAGACGCAACCUAACACUGCUGUCCUUCAGUUUGAUGUAUUUAACACAGUCUAGGAGAAGACAUGCCUAGCUCCAUUGGGCACAGCAUAGCCACCUGGUUGUACUAGCUACAUAAUGAUAUCUGUAUCUCAGUGUGAUGUCUAUUUAAAAGCCCUUGGUGCAUCCAUCAAAGCACAGACCCACGUGGAUGGUGAACAUAUUAGGACAUACAUGCUAGCUAAUAUGUAUUUUGAUGUCUGAUGUAGUAUGUCGUUUUCCUUGGAUGUCUGAUGUGCCUGUGCUAAUGUACUGUACGUUAGCACAGGCACUUGUAUGGUGUACAUAUUAGGACAUACAUGUGCCCGUGCUAACGUACAUCCCUCUGUGUUUGACUUUGUCCCCUCAGUGCCGUGUGGAGGGACCCUGACGGCGCGCAGGGGGACCAUCCUGUCUCCGGGUUACCCCGAGCCCUAUGACAACAAUCAGAACUGCGUCUGGAAGGUUUCGGUGCCCGAGGGCGCCGGAAUCCAAGUAAGAGGGCCUCUUCUGUUCUGUUUGAAGUCCCAUGGACCAAUAUAGAUGUUUGACAUUUAACAAUAUCGCCAUGCAGUACGAGAAGUUACAACUUUUAAUAAAGGGAAUGCUUAAUAGCUUUUCGUAAGAGUGCUCUGUGUUUUGAACCUCAAGUCUCGCCCCUAUCUCUUUCCAUUGAAUCGAACCGAAGCUGUACUGAGAUGGCCUGCUUACGCAUCUGCCAUAAUUGCUGGAACAGUACUGUUUGGGUUAUAGUAUGAAUCAUGCAUUAGUGAGCUCAGUUCAGGUCAGGUUGGUGAGGUAGUGUGAAAAGGGUCUGACUCCGAACACCUUGCCUCAGAUCCAGGUGUUGAGCUUUGCUUCCGAGCACAACUGGGACUCUCUGGACUUCUAUGACGGAGGUGACAACCACGCUCCUAGACUGGGCAGCUACUCAGGUAAUCUUCAGAUCCUGUAUUUUAAAAAACAACCACUUGUGGUGCCUUAAUUUAUGUUGCAUCACAAAUGUGUUGUGAUAUCUGUUAAUGUCAUCCUGAUUUGGCCAUAAAUUAGGUUUCAUGGAAACAAGUUUCAGCUAGCUAUAUUCUAUAAAUUGAAAGUCCCUUUCUGAGAUCAUUAUAAUAAUUUACUGUGAAAAAUAAGUUGUUUUCCCUCAAGACAAACACCUUCCUGCGUCCAUGACCACGAUCUCAUAACGCAAAAUGUAUCUCAUAACACGAAAAUCCCUUUCCGAGAUCAUUAUAAUAAUUUACUGUAAAAAAUAAGUUGUUUUCCCUCAAGACAAACACCUUCCUGCGUCCACGACCAUGAUCAUGUAAUUAUACCAGUCGGAAUACAUGUGGUUCAAUGUGUCCCUCCCUGACUGUGUACUACAGAUCAAUUCCUGCCAGGCCUGUCAAGGGAGCUCCCUCCCACUGAUUUCUGUAGCCGCUUUGAGAAUAAUACCCUGGCUGAUGAGCACAUCCAUAUGGACCCAGCAUCAGCCACGCUCCGGCCUUGUUGGCCUGUCUGUCAUCGAGGCCCAACGGGUCAAUGCCGGCUCCAUGGGGGCUGAGAGGGGGAAGGGGAUGUGGGGGUGGACAGUAAUGUGGAAGUUCCACUGGGUAUAUGAGUCCCUUGCUGAGGCCUGAAGGACAGGGCCACAUCACACUGUGGAGCUCUGAGCUGGUCCAUACAGAUACAGAUAGAUACUGACCUGCCUCAUCACGUAUACAAUCUAUAGGAAGCUGCUGGAGGUUGGAACAAUAGGGUGUUAGAGAGGGAACGAGAUCAAUAUGAGGAGGACACUUAGGAGAAUGGAGUAGGGAGAUGGACACAAUAUGUGUCAUGUUUACAGCUGUCCAAGUGCUGUAGCUACCUGAAGAGAAGACUGUUUGUUCUCUUCAUAGCUGUUCGCUGUUAUUUAAGGCUGUUAUUAACCACUUGUUAGUGUCGCUAAAUAGGACAUUACCAGUAGCUGAAAGGGUAUCAUCUGAAUGGUAUGAAACACAAGCAAAAGGUUGAUUCACAAACCAACUACCUGUUGUUACUAUGUUCCUGUUUUACAUAAGCCCUUUAAUCAUUAAUUGAUUGUAUUUAUGGAAGGACAACAAGCAGUAAGGGUGAAGUGAACCAUUAAAGAGCUUAUUUUAUAACAUCUUGUCUCACUCUCGUUCUCUCUCGCUUCCAAGGCACCACCAUCCCCCAGUUGCUCAACAGCACGUCCAACAACCUGUACCUGAGUUUCAGUUCAGACAUUAGUGUGUCUGCUGCAGGCUUCCACCUGGAGUACACAGGUAUGUCUAUCAGUAGAUGGCUGUAUGGUGUGUGUGUGUAUCUGUAUGGACCAACUCAGAGAACAAACGUGCUUGUGUGUGUGUGUGUGCAAAACUGUGACAACAACUCACAUUUUCUCUUUCCCUCUCUCCUCAGCCAUAGGUCUGGAGUCCUGUGCAGAGCCACAGACCCCCAACUAUGGCAUCAAGGUUGGAGACCGCUACAUGGUUGGAGACGUGGUGCUGUUUCAGUGUGAACAAGGCUACUCUCUGCAGGUAAGAGGGAAUUAUUUCCAUCUCUAUCUUUUUCUCCAUCUAUCUGGAUCGAUUUCAUCUAUUCUCUCUGUCUGUUCAUCUUAGUAGCUAUUUUUAACGUUUUUCUCAGUGUUCUACUGUUCUAAAGCAUCUAUGAAUAAGGCAUAUGUAACAUUAUAACAUAAUACUGUAUGUUGGCCUGAAGGGCAUUCUAGAGCAUGCAUUAUUUCCCUGUAACGCACAGUAUAUUUGUACGGUAGAAUUCAAUUGCUAUAGUUCUUACAUGUUCUAUGUUUGAGCUGCUUUUGAAAGCAAAAGUCGAAUUGAAAACAUUAUUGGAAUUGGCAUAAUUAGAUUUUCAUAAUAGCAAGCUAGGACUGAUGGUUUGGUUAGCUAAACUAGCAAGUCUGUUGGUUUGUUUACCAAGGCAACUACUGUUGCUAUCUAGUAAACUAGCUAGCUACUUCAUGAGAUGUUGAACACAUUUCUACCUGCAAAUGAAUACAUUUGUAGUGGAAUUGUGUUAAAUUAUAGCCAUGGUAUAAAAGGGAUAAUCAACUCGGGGCUCUAUGCAGUCUCCAUGGAAGGUUAGUUCCACUCCGGUAGCGAGUUGUGGAACACACCUUCCACUUCAUUCAUUAUUUUCCAGAGAACGCAUAGCCCCUGUUGAAUAUCUCUUACAUGUAUUUUCUUCACCAGGGGAACGCCCAUAUAACCUGUAUGCCAGGACCAGUCCGGAGAUGGAACUACCCAGUCCCACUGUGUCUUGGUAUGUUGAUAACCUUACUGUAACAUUAUUACGGAUGUAGGAUCUUAAUUUGAUCACUCUUUUGUUGCUGAGCAGGAAUUACAAACAAACUUGUAGUGUAUUUAAAAAGGCUUAUAUAAUUAAUUUCAGACUUGAUUUGCACCAAACAAAACAUUUAACAACCCCUACAAAAAUGUCCCUACAAAACUGGCACCAAUCCACAUAAUAAUUCACAUUUCCUGUUGCUGCAGGAUUAUUUUCCUGCUUUAGCAAACUGACUCAAAUUAGAUCCUACAUCUGUAUGUCUAAACCUCUAAUAGAAAAUAGAGUUCCUUGACUCUGUGAUGUAAUGGUGUGACUGUCAAUUAGGACUGUAUAGAGCAGCGUUUUCCAAACUAGGGGUCAUGAGAGAAGCUGAAAAUGGGGUUGUGAGAGAAACUCUGACAUUUUUUUAAUUUAAAAUCGCGCUUGGUUCAUAAAAUCGCGCUUGGUUCCAGUAGCCGCUAGAUGCAGUUGUAAUAAACAGAGUGGUUUCUGUUUUCUUCCUACAAAUCUGGAUCUAUCUUUUGAACGGUUUAAGCUGCAAAAUAUUAUGACCCCAUCACUGAAAGAUAAGACUCUCAGGAACACGUAGAGUGCAUUCGGAAAGUAUUCAGACACCUUGACUUUUUCCAAAUUUUGUUACGUUAAAGCCUUAUUCUAAAAUGGAUUAAAUAAAAUUAACAUCCUCAUCAAUCUAAACACAAUAUCCCAUAAUGACGAAGCGAAAACAGGUUUUUAGAAAUGUUUGCUAAUUUAUUAGAAAUAAAACACUGAAAUACCUUAUUUACAUAAGUAUUCAGACCCUUUGCUAUGAGACUCAAAAUUGCGCUCAGGUACAUCCUGUUUCCAUUGAUCAUCCAUGAGAUGUUUCUACAACUUGAUUGGAGUCCACCUGUGGUAAAUUCAAUUGAUUGGACAUGAUUUGGAAAGGCACACACCUGUCUAUAUAAGGUCCCACAGUUGACAGUGCAUGUCAGAGAAUAAACCAAACCAUGAGGUCGAAGGAAUUGUCCAUAGACCCCCGAGACAGGAUUGUGUCGAGGCACAGAUCUGAGGAAGGGUACCAAAAAAUGUCUGCAGCAUUGAAGGUCCCCAAGAACACAGUGGACUCCAUCAUUCUUAAAUGGAAGAAGUUUGGAACCACCAAGACUCUUCAUAGAGCUGGCCGCCCGGCCAAACUGAGCAAUCGGGGGAGAAGGGCCUUGGUCAGGAAGGUGACCAAGAACCCGAUGGUCACUCUGGCAGAGCUCCAGAGUUCCUCUGUCGAGAUGGGAGAACCUUCCAGAAGGACAACCAUCUCUGCAGCACUCCACCAAUCAGGCCUUUAUGGUAGAGUGGCCAGCCGGAAGCCACUCCUCAGUAAAAGGCACAUGACAGCCCGCUUGGAGUUUGCCAAAAGGCACCUAAAGGACUCUCAGACCAUGAAAAAACAGAUUCUCUGAUUUGAUGAAACCAAGAUUUAACUAUUUGGCCUGAAUACCAAGCGUCAUGUCUGGACGAAACCUGGUACCAUCCCUACGGUGAAGCAUGGUGGUGGCAGCAUCAUGCUGUGGGGAUGUUUUUCAGCGGCAGGGACUGGGAGACUAGUCAGGAUCGAGGGAAAGAUGAACGGAGCAAAGUACAGAGAGAUCCUUGAUGAAAACCUGCUCCAGAGCGCUCAGGACCUCAGAUUGGGGCGAAGGUUCACCUUCUAACAGGACAAGACCCUAAGCACACAGCCAAGACAACGCAGGAGUGGCUUCGGGACAAGUUUCUGAAUGUCCUUGAGUGGCCCAGCCAGAGACCGGACUUGAACCCGAUCGAACAUCUCUGGAGAGACCUGAAAAUAGCUGUGCAGGGACUCUCCCCAUCCAACCUGACAGAGCUUGAGAGGAUCUGCAGAGAAGAAUGGGAGAAACUCUUGAAAUAAAGGUGUGCCAAGCUUGUAGUGUCAUACCCAGGAAGACUUGAGGCUGUAAUCGCUGCCAAAGGUGCUUCAACAAAGUACUGAGUAAAGGGUCUGAAUACUUAUGUAAAUGUGAUAUGUACGUUUCUAAAAACCUGUUUUUGCUUUGUCAUUACGGGGUAUUUUGUGUAGAUUGAUGAGGGGGAAAAACUAAUCUCAUCAUGUAGACUAGCCAACCCGCACAGCCUACCCACACUGUAUCUGCGAUCUGUUGGCUAGAUCGCACGCGCCAAGACCGGAGUUGGCACAUUUACAGUUUUUGUGACAAAACUAUCGGUAGAAUUGAAAAUAUGAUGGAAACACAUUGAACUUUAGAUUUUCAUUCGGUACAUGAAAAUGUAAGUACAAAAAGACAUUUUAUGUGCACUACGUCAUCACGCACUGACUUUUAUCCGCAACAAGUCUGUUUGGUGGAAACAUAUUUGCGUAUUUUCUUUAUGCGUAUUUUAGAAUAUUCGCAUGAAAAUCUGUCGCCAAUUGGAUGGAAACCUAGCUUCGGAUGAUCUUCUGAACUUACCAAUACUUUUUUGAUGCAUUUCAGUCACUUCAAACCAUACUUCCUUCAGAUUGAGAUACUGUUGAGAUUGAGAUACUGUCAAAAGUACUGUCAGACUGAUUUGUAAUAGACUGUCAUGGCCCCAGUUAAAAAUGUAAACAUUGGCCAUUGAUUACAUCCCUUUUUUUUAUGGUGAGGUCUCUGAAAAAUUUGAACAUCAAAAUGGGGUCUCGGGCCAAAAGGUUUGGGAACCCCUAGUCUAGAGGCUUGUUACACAGUAGAGAAAGUACAACUUUGAUGUUUCCAGAGUUGGCUGUAGUCUCGGAGACAACUGUCAUCUAAGGCCAGCUGUAUAUCCUGACAAAACUAAGUCAAUUAUUCACAGUUCACCUGCUUACAGACCUUUUUCAUGACCUUUUUUAAGCAUAUUGCAAAAAAGUAUUUUAGAAAACAAGAAAGAAAAAAAAUCUAUCCACGUACAGUAACUCACUGAGACAUGAUGGAUUGAAUAGAUUUGUUCAUAAAUGUGAACACUGCAUUGUAAACAAAAAUAAUAAGCCUGAUCACGCCAGGGUGGUGCCUUGAGCUUUGAAACGGACACAUUUCCCUUUAGUCUCUUGCCAGUCAUUGCCCUCUGAGUGAGCCUAUUUCACCACAGCAAUUGGACAGCCAAGAAACAGAAAAAACUAACAUUUUCUGUUUGUGUUUUUUUGGGGAGUGGGAUCUCGGAUCUCUCUCCUCACGCUCGAUACAGUCUCUUCCUCUGAGCUGCUCCACAGUGAGGGGUGUGAUGGAUAUGUUCUGUGACUGGUGUUUUUGAUUUGCCAGAAGUUUACAUCCCUAACCUCCCACUGAGCCUCCCUGCUGCCACAGAUGUUGGAAGGUGAUGCGGUACCUGAGGGUUUCCCUUGGGACCCUGGGCCUCAGUGUUAGGACCUCUAAAGUUCAACCGUCGACUGAUCAAGGCCACGCUGUUUAUCUUUCGGAAUCCCUGGUGCUUUGCUUGCUUUCAUGUGUUCUGUUUGUCCCAUUGGACUCCCCAUCCCCUCCCCACGUUCCGGCAGCUUUGAAGGUGCAACUCUCACUAAGGAGUUCCGGCCUCAAGUCCGAACGCCUCUUUAUUCACAGUCGACUCAGCUCAUCCAUAACUUUCAGGUCGGAUAGGUUUCAACCGUUCUUUUUUUUGUAUUUUUAUCUAACAUAAUUACCUUUUUCUGACACACAAUACUUGUAAAGAAGUAAGUGAUAAUAGCUUUGACUCUCCUAAGUGGUGAACAAAAAAAUGUAUGCCUCUGUGGAGACACAUUUUCUGAAAGACCCCAAUGAAGUGUUGUGCUUUUGUAUGUUGCUUUAUAAAAGCUCUCACACCAUAACGAAAGGUAUGCAGCUCCUUUGUGCCUUUUAGCACACAAAAGGCUGUUCUUUUCACAGAAUAAGAUUUACCUCACACUGGCUGAGCCACUGAGAGGGAAAGAGGCUAUGCUAAUAGCACUACAGAGGGAGUUGAUCUGUAGCGCUGAUGCUAAAAUAGACUCCAGACUGUUCGAAUCACAGGCCCAUUUCAAGACCUGUCAAUAAUUUAGUAAUCUAGCGGUGGCACCGAUACCCAUUCAUACAGUCUAGAGAUGUUUAACCCGAGAUUAACCGUUCUGCUUUUAGGACGCUGUAGCUAUAAAUACAGAUAAGAACAUGGCAUGGUGAAGUUUAAGAUUUCUGUCUAUGAUUGACUAAUAAAGUAGUUAUUCUACUCUACUAUACUCUAAUAUACUGUACUUUACUGUACUGUACUGUACUCUACUCAACGUUUCUAUACUGUACUCUGCUCUGCUCUAUUUUACUCUUCUUUCCUUUAUCCUGGGAUUGUCUCCACAGCCCAGUGUGGUGGCUCCAUGACUGAUGUCAGCGGUGUCAUCCUGAGCCCUGGAUUCCCUGGAAACUACCCCAGUGGAUUAGACUGCACCUGGACUGUCAAACUACCCACCGGCUUUGGUACGGGAACCCACUGACAGUCAUUGUGGCAAAGCACACACACGCACACACUGUUAAACUACCUAUCGCUCAACUCACUGCCAUCGUGGCCAAGCCACAGUCACACACUGUCAUACAAAGAAGUGGAUCUCUUGUUAUUAUUUCAGUGAAAACCCAGCUUGUGGGGAAGUGGUCCUAGAUGUAGCAGCAGUGCAGGGAAGUGUCAGACCCAUGUUUGUCAGCUGUAGAGAUAACUAUGCUUGAUUUAUAGGCCUAAUGUGCAGAGACAUGGAAAGUGUAACACCAACCGUGAUGUAAAGGCAAUCCACCAGUCAACCAGAGAGCAGCAUCAUUGUUUACCUAUAGUAGGCUACAUAAAUAGUAUAGGCGAUGCUAAUGCAAUAUACAUGUGUUAACUCAAGCCGUCGCACAGCGUAUCUCUCCACAGAUUUCCAAUGUAUGGUAGUGGCGGUCGGUGCCGUUUAAGAUGAGGGAAGAUGCUUUUUUUUUAAUGAGCAUGGCAUUAUUUCUAUUACAGCAUGUUGGAUGACUGUCAUUCAUAUUCAAGUUUACAACGUAGGUGCACAGGUCGAGAGAAUUUUGAGGAAUCAAGGUGACAGACAGUGACACAUUCAAUACCGCCUUGCACACUCUUGCCUGCAUCUAGCUGAUCUAGGGUGUAAUCAUUAGUCCAACAGUUGCAAAUGAGAGUUUCUAUUGGACAAAUUCAGGUAUGUUUAUCCCCGUAUCAUUUCGUUUGCUUCCGUUUAAGAAACAUUUUUCAUCAGAAUCAGUGGAAUGAAUACACCACUGAUCACACGCAAACACAGUUCACUUUCAUAGCAGCCAUAUAAAAACAGCAUGAUUACUUUGCUCCUUGUAUAUAUAAUUCCUUCUCGCAACUAUAUAUGCACUCUCUUCCUCUCACCUUUUCCCUUCACUUGUGGACUUCAGUGCACAACACAUCAGCUGUCUGUGACCAGGCGAAAAAAACAUAUCAUGACCGCUAACCGCUACACACAGCCUACAUCAUUUUCACCUCAUAGUCAACAUACUGUAGCUACUAGAACUAAUGCGUUAGUAAAGUUGCUACGAUCAUGCAGUACAAUGUACAGUCAGAAUGCAGUUUAGCAGUUACACCAGUGGGCCCCGGUGGCAAUACAUUAAUUAAACCAAAAGCUUACCUUGACUUGGAAGAGGUGCAGUGUUGGAAAGCCAUAGCCAGCUAGAUAUCAUAGCAUCCCUCUCUGUUUGAGCCAGGUGUUUGAGUAGCUGAAAGUGAAUGUAAAAAAAUAUACAAACAAAUAUAGCUAGCUCUCUCUCUCUCUCUCUCUCUCUCUCUCUCUCUUGCUUCUCAUUAAGAAAUUAAUUUGUUCAAAACUGUUCAACUAUUGUCUUUCUCUCUCUUUGAGUCAACUACUCACCACCUUUUAUGCACUGCAGUGCUAGCUAGCUGUAGCUUAUGCUUUCAGCACUAGAUUCAUUCUCUGAUCUUUUGUUUGGGUGGACAACAUGUCAGUUGAUGCUGCAAGAGCUCUGAAAGUUGUCAUAAUUACAGUGUAAGUCUAUGGAAGGGGGUGAGAACCAAGAGCCUCCUAGGUUUUGUAUUGAAGUCAAUGUACCCAGAGGAGGACAGAAGCUAGCUGUCCUCUGGCUACACCAUGGUGCUGUUGAGGCUACUGUAGACCUUCAUUGGAAAACAGUGUGUUUUAAUCAAUUAUUUGGUGACGUGAAUAUAUUUAGUGUAGUUUCAUCUAAAAAUGAAUACUUUUUUGUUUCACUAUUUUUAUUUUUAUGAAAUUCACUGAGGAGGAUGGUCCUCCCCGACCUCCUAUGAAGUGUGUCCACUGCUGUAUGCAUAUGUUUGAGUUACAUGCAUCAGUAUAUACAGUAUAUAUCUCGACAGCAAGUAAUUUUAGCCUGGUUGAAUGGAUUCAAACGCAUGGUGGAAUAUAAAAUGUGUGAUUCAAUAAUCCAGACCCACAUGCUUUAGUAAAAUCAUGGUCUUUAUAUCAUAAACUCACGGUCUGACCAGUAUGUUUUUAAUCUACCUGUUUAUUUUAGGAAUCCACCUGCAGUUCCUCAACUUCUCGACGGAGGCCAUCCAUGACUACCUGGAGAUUCGGAGUGGAACUCUGGAGACGGGCACGGUGAUUGACAGGUUCAGUGGACCACAGGUCCCCAAGUCCCUGUUCAGCACCACCCACCAGACCAGUUUUUUCUUCCACAGCGACUACUCCCAGAACAAGCCGGGUUUCCAGAUCACUUACCAGGGUGAGGAUAGAGUUAGUUGUUUAACAAAAUAUAUUAUUAAGAUAUUUUCUGAUUUUAUUGAACAGAUAGAUAGAGAGAGGAUGACAGUGGGGAAAUAUGGAGAGAGGUUGUGUCAAAGGGCAGUAGGCCGGAUUCGAACCAACGGCGACACCGUAGACUACAGAGGUAGACCAGUAGAAUGUGUGGAAGAGGAGAGAACUCCAAAAGGGCUUGUGAUUUCACUCAACUCAAUUCAAUGUAGUUGUAUUUUUCAUACUCUCGGUCUGGGCAGUCUCUCUUAGUAUCCUCGAUUUUUACAUGAUAUACAGUUUUAUUAUUUAUAUAUCAGUUUUCAUGAUUGUGUAAUUUUUUUAUAUGUAUUUUCUGCCAAUAUUUAUCUGAAUUAUCGACCACUUCCUGAUUUCCAGCCUAUCAGCUGCAGAGCUGUCCCGACCCUCGUCCUUUUCGUAACGGCAUCGUGAUUGGCAGUGACUUCAGUGUAGGCCUCACUGUGUCCUUUGAGUGUCUGCCUGGCUACUCCCUCAUCGGGGAGGCUUCUCUCACCUGUCUGCACGGAAUCAGCCGCAACUGGAACCACCCGGUACCACGCUGUGAAGGUAACUAUAGAAAUAGGAUAUCUAUGGUGACUACUAGCAUAUAAAUCUAAUAGAUAGGAUCUCUAUGGUAACAGAUUGAUACUGCACCUAGAGAGCGUCUGUGGGCGUUGUGUUGGGGUAACAUCACCUGACCUGGCUGUGAAUCUCCUCUCCUCUGUAGCUCUGUGUGGGGGUAACAUCACCUCCAUGAAUGGGACCAUCUACUCCCCCGGCCACCCCGAGGAGUACCCCAACUUCCAGGACUGUGUGUGGAGCGUAAGGGUUCCUCCUGGGAACGGAAUCUACAUCAACUUUACUGUGCUCAGCACUGAACCCAUAUAUGACUACAUCACUGUGUGGUAAGAACCUACACUCAUCUCUCUCUCAGCAACUAAAGUGUUAUAGUACACUAUACAUACAUCCACUUCACUGUGCUCAGUACAGAACCCAUCUAUGACUACAGCACCUUGUGGAAAGAAGAGAUUCCCACUCAUCUCUCACUCACUCAGCAACUAAGUAGUCUUUUAUUUGAAUUAAUAGAUCACUGCAUCACUGUGUGGAGAGAAGAGAUUUCCACUCACCUCUAUCUCCGUAACUAAGUAGUGUUUUAAUGUUACAUUAUAAUACAUGUACUUGGUAAAGCCUUAACUACUGGCCUCACUGUGUGGUAAGAUAACCCACUCACGUCACUUCCUCUCUGUAGUUAACUGUUCAUGCACCUUGUUUGGGAAAAGGCUGGAAAGGAAGUUCGCAAAGACAGCUGUUCUUUUUCCUUUCCACUCACCUCUCACUAAGCAACCAAGUAGUGUUUUAUUUUACAUUGCAAUGCUGCCAACUCGCACACAUUGGCCGUGAGACACGCAUUUCACCCUCUUCUCACACUCACACACCACGCCUUUUAUAUCUCACGCAUUGAAAAGUACUGCUUUUAUUUUUGUAAUUAGUCAGUGCAUUAACUUUUCAACUGUGCUGCAAAUCAUUUUGAAAUCGGAGCAUCUGCGCCUGCAAUUUAACAUCACGAGUGGAACCUCUAUCAUUGUCCUGUCUUGCCACAGCAUUGUGAACCGUGGCACAUUGAAGCAUAUGAUUGGUCUAGUUAUGUAAGGGAUCAAGGGGAUUGGAUGCACGUUUUAAAGAAACGCCCCUCAAGAUUAGAGUGGAGCUGAAUGGAGAGACAGAACGUUCUCCGCUGAUUUUAUAAAACUGUAAAAAGAGCAGCACGAUAGCGUUGUUUUAUGUACGAUGUUGUCAACAAAAUGAGUUUGCUGUUACUCCCGUCCCUAUUGCAGAAUGCAGCCUUUUAACAGCAUGUACUAAAGUCGAUUUAAUCCACACUUGCAUUAGUCCCCUCGUUUCGUGAUUGGCAUUUAGACUGUGACAACGAAAAGGCAGCAGACAGACCUACAGUAUGUUUUAGCUGAGAAGUUUGGUAGGGUGACCUGAUUUGUAACUAUGAAAAUCAUUUUGUCAAUUAGAUUGUGAUCCCAAAAGUGUACGUUUUAUUCUAGAGUGAGAAAAAAUAGAAGAAGAAUUUGGUUAUGUUGUAGGGGCAGAUUUAUGUAGUCUUCAGGAGAUUUUAUUAUCUAUUUACUUUAUUUAGUCUGAUCAGUGGAACAAUUCUCAUUUUUAACAAUGGGCUAAAAUAUAAGGUAAUUAGUGUGCUUGUCAGCAAGAACACUGCUGUUAUUCCCCAAACGUACUGUAUUAUUCUUCCCAAUUUUGCCAGUGUAAUCACAUUCACUUAGUGUAUUCUGAACACCUGCUCUUUCCAUGACAUAGACUGACCAGCUGAAUCCAGGUGAAAGCUAUGAUCCCUUAUUGAUGUCACUUGUUAAAUCCACUUCAGUCAGUGUAGAUGAAGGGGGUGAGACACGGUUCCUGCAGUCAAAUGACCAAAUCGCCCUCUAGUGGCCUCAUGGGUGGAACGUUAUUAAUAUUUUUCAUAAUUUCAGAAUAUAUUUUUUUUACAUCUAAAAAUAAUUAUUCUGUGAUGUAUUUAAAGUGUAAUAUUGGGAUGCAAACUAUAUCUGAUAUGGUACAGGUGUCUUCUUUUUUAAGCCCAUAACCAUGUGUGUGAGGUGUAUACUUUUGUUUCAAAGUAGAUUUGUUUAAGACUACCAAGACACACCACACUUGAUUUAGCCUGCUGCAGUAAAAGGUUAAAGAAGGAUUUUUAAGCCUUGAAAUAAUUGAUAUAUGGAUUGUGUAUGUGUGCCAUUCAGAGGGUGAAUGGGCAAGACAACAAAUGUCAGUGCCUUUGAACGUGGUUUGUUAGUAACGCUGCUGGGGUCUUCACGCUCAGCAGGAUGCUAAAUUAGUGGAAUUAUUAUUAAGACCUGUUUUGGCAGAAAACUCUGGUAUGGUGAAAAUAUUCCUAUUUUGUUAUUUAUAAAAAAGUGUUUUAGUAAUUAUACAAUUGUCGAACAAAACAACUUUGUUUUUGCAGUUCCACGUUCCCCAAUGCUCUCCAACCUCUUCUCCAAACUGUUUCUUCUUAAUUGGAUGCAUCCUUUCGGUGGUUACCAUAGCGAUUGCCUUUCCCACUCUUGGUCAAAGAGAACUUUAACUUCUGGUUGCUCUGCUCUGAGAGAGACCUGUAUUUCACCUCUUCACCUCCCUCUACUUUCUCUCCGUCUGGUUUCCUCCAUCCCUACUCUACACCCCCCCCCCCCUCCCUUUCAUUAAACAUUAAUUGACCAAUAGGGAUGUCACAUUCACAGUCAUCUAUUUAACUUUGAAUCUUUCCCUGUGAACUGUGCACCAGGCAAUGCAAGUUCUUCAAGUAUCCCCAUAGAUCCAGUCAAAGGCAUCUUGAUGUUUUAAAGAGAGCGGCUUUCUGAGUAAUUGUCUUCCGCAGCACUCUGACACCACUGUUGUGGAGGGGAAUGGAGAGAAAGAGAGAAAGGAAGGAGGGGUGGAAUAAUGAAUGGAAUGAAUGAGUCCGGAGAUUAAUUCUAAUAAUUGAUGUCCUCCAUCCAUGCGCACACAAAUUAUAAGUCCCCCUUUGUUUUAAAAGAAUCCAUGAGGGUACAUUAAUUUAUUAAUGCUUUCAGCAUAGCAUAGCCACCACUCCACCCACAAGUUUAAAUAAUGCACUUUCAGCAAAGGUGGAAGUAUUAUUGAUUUUAUUAUUUUCACACGGCUCUGUCUCCGUCUCAGAUAGUAUUUAUGUUGCUGACUGCGGCGGCCGCUUCAAUCUGCGCUGUGAGACGUCAUGCUGGCUUGUGGGUUCCCCACAUAUUAUCACGCGCAAACACACACACAAACACACUUGCGCACACACUCACGUAUGCACUAAUACACACAGACAAUCACUCUAGCACUCUCUCUCACACACACACACACAUACUCUCCCUCACAUAACUCCCUCACACACUCUCACACAAACACACUCUCUCUCUCACACAUUUACAUUUUAGUCAUUUAGCAGAUUAUCCAGAGCGACUUACAGUUAGUGCAUACAUUAUUUUUUUAUUUUUUUUCAUACCCCCCCGUGGGAAUCGAACCCACAACCCUGGCGUUGCAAACGCCAUGCUCUACCAACUGAGCUACAUCCCUGCCGGCCAUUCCCUCCCUUACCCUGGACAACGCUGGGCCAAUUGUGCGCCGCCCCAUGGGUCUCCCGGUCGCGGCCGGCUAUGACAGAGCCUCACACACUCACACACACACUCUGCCUAGCUUUCUCUGUCACACUCACACACUCACACAUACACACACUCUAACACAAACACACUCUCUCUCUCUCUCUCACACACACACACACACACACACGCACACGCACACGCACACAUCAUGCUCCCGGAACAUCCCAGGUGUCAGAGAUUAGCCAGACUAAUAAGACAGCUUCUCUGCUUGUUCAUUAGGACCACCCUGACCCAGUGGUGCCCAGAGAGGGGGUCCACUGAGCACCAAUAGACAGACCCCCUCUCCUCUUCACACGCUUCUUUACCUUGUACUGCUCUCUGGCUGCCAGGAUCACAGAGAUGUAACCGUCCUGCUGCCCCUGUCUCUUAAUUGGGUAGAUAGUUUGAUAUCUGGGUACCUUUUUGUAUUUUAAAACCCAGUCUCAGUAAUGGGGACACUUAGGGUGUGGCUUCUCCAAAACCGAAGUUUAAAAAGCUGUAUUAAAAGACAUGGCAUCAUCUAAUGUUUCUUUCUGGAAGGAUUACUGUUCUUUCUGGAAGGAUGGGUGACAGUACCAGUCAAAAGUUUAAAUCCAUUAUUAAGAAAUGGAAAGAAUAUGGCA